AUGAUUGCACCGACACUUUCCAGCAUACCAGCAACAUCUGCAAUCUUGCACCGAUCGUUCAGCAAAGAGUACCCCACAGCGGCAUCCGGGCAAGGAGUAUACAUCCAAGACCAUACCGGCCGUCUGGUGCUUGAUGGCAGUUCGGGGGCGGCGGUCUCAUGCCUCGGACAUGGCCACAAGAAGGUCAUCGAGGCCAUAGUAGAGCAAGCACAGCAAAUGUCGUUUGCGCAUACGUCCUUCUUCACCAGCGAUCCUGCAGAAAACCUGGCCUCCGUUUUGAUCUCCACGUGCCCUGAUGUGUUUUCGAAAGUCAUGUUUGUGAGCUCCGGCUCGGAAGCGGUUGAAUCUGCCCUGAAACUCGCUCGACAAUAUCACCUGUGUAAUGGCCAGCCGGACCGCCAUAUCUUCAUAUCGCGCCGUUUCGCCUAUCAUGGCAAUACGCUAGGUGCACUCUCAGCAGGUUUCAAUCCGCCGCGACGAGACCCAUUUCAGCCCAUGUUGUCUCAAGCUUUCCGUCAUGUUUCACCAUGUUUCUUCACUCGCGAUGGACUUCCUGGCGAGGACGAAGAGUCAUACGUUGAUCGUCUGGUCGCGGAAUACGAGACGACUAUUUCCAGCCUUGGGUCUGAAAAGAUUGCUGCAAUUAUCGUCGAGCCAGUCUCAGGAGCAACGCUGGGAGCUGUGCCCGCCGCCCGUGGAUACCUGGGGCGGCUGCGAGAGCUGUGCGACCGGUAUGGAUGUCUCUUGAUCUUCGACGAGGUCAUGUGUGGAAUGGGACGGGUGGGCACUAUGCACGCAUGGCAAUCGCUAGGCGGGAUUGCGCCUGACCUCCAAACCAUCGGAAAGGGACUUGGGGCGGGAUACCAACCGAUUUCGGCCAUUCUUAUCGCCAACAAGGUCCAUGCCGUGCUGGAGAGGAACCACGAGCAGCGUCCCUUUGUCAGUGGUCACACGUAUCAGGGGCACUCGAUCGGUUGUGCCGCCGCACUUGCAACGCAGCGAGCUAUAGCCGAGGACAAGCUUCUGGACAAUGUUAGACGCAUGGGUGAACGCCUGUCCCGCAGGCUGAAGAAGGAGACCCCCAUGCUCAAAGAGGUCCGAGGAUUGGGCUUGUUCCAAGCGGUGGAAUUUGCAACUGCAACUGCAACUCCGCCUGGCUCGAGUAUCGCAGCAGCCGUGGCUUCGACGUGCCUGGAGAAUGGGGUUGCCGUCUACCUCUGCUCCAGUGCGGUUGAUGCGGUCCUGUUUGCUCCUCCCUUUAUCAUUAGCGAGUCGGAAAUCGACAAGCUGGUCGACGUGUUUGUUCAAUCUGUCAAGCAGACGAUUGAGAAGGCAAAGGGGUCAUAA